GUUGUAUAGCAUCGGUAGCGUUCUAUGACAAGCUUUUCAUUUUGCUUUGUCAGUUAGCUGAUUGCGUAUGAUAAUUGGAAAUAAUAUUUAACAUUCCUCAAAACUCUUUCUCUCGGAGAGAGAAGGCAGUGACAGAUUCAGGAUGGAUCCAGCUCUGCUGAGAGAGCGAGAGCUCUUUAAAAAGAGAGCUUUGUCAACUCCUGCAGUAGAGAAAAGACCAGCAGCCUCUGAGGCCUCUGGAUCCUCCAAGAAGAAAAAGAGCAAACCAGACAAAGAGUCGUCAUCUUCCUCCAAAAACAACAGUGAUCCCAGCAAUGGCUCAUUCAAUCUCAAAGCACUUUCUGGAAGUUCAGGAUACAAAUUUGGUGUUUUGGCUCGAAUUGUCAACUACAUGAAGACGAGGCACCAGCGAGGUGAUACUCAUCCUCUGACUUUAGAGGAAAUUCUGGAUGAGACCAAGCUACUGGACAUUGGCAUGAAGCAGAAACAAUGGCUGAUGAGUGAGGCAUUAGCAAGUAAUCCUAAGAUUGAUGUGCGGGAAGGGAAAUAUGCCUUUAAACCCAAGUAUCAUCUGAAGGAUAAGAAAGCUCUGCUUAGACUUCUGGACAAACACGAUCAGCUUGGUCUCGGAGGAGUGUUACUGGAUGAUGUUGAAGAGGGGCUACCCAAUGCAGCCAAGGCUAUUAAAGCGCUCGGGGAUCAGAUUAUAUUUGUGACU